GUCCUUCCCUGUAGACAGAGACGUGGGAGAGCCCUGGACCAGGGACAGAGUGGCGGGCGGGGCCGAGCUGAGGGGAGCCGCUCCGGGUGCCCCCACCCCCGCGGGCGUCAGUGGUGCUGGCCGAAGGCAGGGCUCGCGGUUGCGGGGCUCGCGUCGCUGUCAGUGCGGCGAAGCGCGCGAGCGGCGCGGGCGCGGGCGCGGGUGCGGGGUAGCGGAGCCCGAAGAAGCUGAGGGGGCGGUAGCGGCGUCGGCGACGGCGACUACGACUACGACUCCCGCGCGAGUGCCCAGCCUCCUCCCGCCGCAGCCGCCCUUUUCCUCCCUCCCUGACGUCCCCGAGUGCAGCGGCACCGCCUCCUUCCCAGCCGCGCGGCUUCCUCCAGACCUUUGGGCGCGGGUCAGCCCUAUUCCCAGACACAGCUGGUGUUGACCCUGUAACUCAAAGGAGGAAACAACUGGCUAAGCUCAGCAUUGUUACUGGUGGGCACCAUGUCCUUGAAGAUUCAGGCAAGCAAUGUAACCAACAAGAAUGAUCCCAAGUCCAUCAACUCUCGAGUCUUCAUUGGAAACCUCAACACAGCUCUGGUGAAGAAGUCAGAUGUGGAGACCAUCUUCUCUAAGUAUGGCCGUGUGGCUGGCUGUUCUGUGCACAAGGGCUAUGCCUUUGUUCAGUACUCCAACGAGCGCCAUGCCCGGGCAGCUGUGCUGGGAGAGAAUGGGCGGGUGCUGGCCGGGCAGACCUUGGACAUCAACAUGGCUGGAGAGCCUAAGCCUGACAGACCCAAGGGACUAAAGAGAGCAGCAUCUGCCAUAUACAGGCUCUUCGACUACCGGGGCCGUCUGUCACCCGUGCCCGUGCCCAGGGCAGUCCCUGUGAAGCGACCCCGGGUCACAGUUCCUUUGGUCCGGCGUGUCAAAACUAACAUACCUGUCAAGCUCUUUGCCCGCUCCACAGCCGUCACCACCAGCUCAGCCAAGAUCAAGUUAAAGAGCAGUGAGCUUCAGGCCAUCAAGACAGAGCUGACACAGAUCAAGUCCAAUAUCGAUGCCCUGCUGAGCCGCUUGGAGCAGAUCGCUGCGGAGCAAAAGGCCAAUCCAGAUGGCAAGAAGAAGGGUGAUGGUGGUGGCGGCAGUGGUGGUGGUGGUGGUGGCGGCGGUGGCGGCGGCGGCAGCGGCGGCGGCAGCGGUGGUAGCAGUGGCAGCAGCCGGCCACCAGUCCCCCAAGAGAACACGACUUCUGAGGCAGGCCUGCCCCAGGGAGAAGCACGGACUCGAGACGACGGCGAUGAGGAGGGGCUGCUGACACAUAGUGAGGAAGAGCUGGAACACAGCCAGGACACAGACGCGGACGAUGGGGCCUUGCAGUAAGCAGCCUGACAGGAGCAAUGGCCACCAGCAGGAGAAGGGCAUCACUGCCCUAGGCCUCAAGUCGGGCACCCAACCCUGGAUGCCACCCCCCAGCAGGUACCAGAGGAAAGCUGGCAGCAGGCGCCUCCUCCCCCAACGCAUCCCAGCCAGUGCCGUGUCCUCUGCAGGUGGAGUUACUGGCCUACUCCUUCCCCGUGAACCCUCCCUGUCUGCACUGUCCAGGCCAGAGGGUAGAGCACAGGGGUUUCCCCACACUCUGCCUCCUCUCCUCAGGACACUCCCAGGCUUGGGGUUUUUCUAUAGGUUUGGCGGGGGCGGGGUGGGGGGGGAAUACAGGGAGGGCACCCUGACAAUAAAGAGAUUGGAUCCCAA